CGUGCGCAGCAGAGAAAGUCCAGCAAAACCCACAAAGUCAGACGCCGGGUCGCCGUGACGAGUAUUCGACGGCGGCGCGUUCCAGACUUCCAGUGUUCCGGUCCGACCUCGGCCAUGUUCCUUCCAUGGCCUAUAACCCCCGAGGUCGCUGUGAUGAAGCCCAUCACUUGAACCCGUCCACCGUCGCCAUGCCGUCCGCGAAGCUCAAGUCCCCGUCGGCGACGCCUCUCCUCCGACUCCUCCUCAUCCUCCUCACGGCAAGCGUCGCCACCUCGCAAGACGCCAAGCCCACAUGGUUGGACUGCGGGGACGGGGGCGCAUCGCCUCCAUCCCCGUCCCCUUCCCCCUCGCCACUACCGGCGCCCGUCAACGGCAGCGGCGGCGCGCCAUUCCGCGCCAACCUCCUCUCGCUCCUGGGCGCGCUCCCGCGCGCCGCGGCGCCCACGGGGUUCGCGUCUCUCUCCCUCGGCGCCGGCCGCGACCGCGCCUUCGUCCGGGGCCUGUGCCGCGGCGACUCCGCGCCGCCCCGGUGCCUCGCCGACCUGCAGGAGGCCGUCCGCAACCUCAGCGGGAGCUGCGCCGCCAGCCGCCGCGCCGCCGUGUGGUUCGACAAGGCCUACGUCACCUACGCCGACGCCAACUCAUCGACCGCCCGCGAGGAGGGGUUCACCGGGAUCCUCGUCGACACGCGCACGGUCGCCGACCCCGGGGCCUACGUGCAGGCAUACAACGCACUGAUGAGCCGCCUGGUGGCGCGCGCGUCCGACGGCGGCGGCGAGGCAGGGAGGCCGUUCUUCGCCACCGGGGAGGCGCAGUACGCGAGCGACGAGCCCGACGGGACCAUGUACGGGCUGGUGCAGUGCAUGCGGGACAUCACGGCGGCGGACUGCGACCAGUGCCUGCAGCGGUCGGUGCCGCAGUGCUGCUCGGGGCAGCAGGGCGGCGUGGUGCUGGCCUACAACUGCUACCUGCGGAUCCAGAUAUACACGUACUACGACCUGGCGCUCGACGCGCCGCCGCCUUCGCCCGCUGAACCUCCGCCGCCGGCGAUCUCCCCGCCGACGCCUGCCGAUGAAACAAACGGAAAGGGGAGAUCAACAAAUGUCUUCGUGCUCGCAGGCGUCCUUCUCCUUGGAACGCUACUUAUCCUAGCCUUUGUGGUCACAUGUGUUUGCCUGCAAAGGAGGAGGAGUAUCGAAGUGAACAAAAGAUCACCGGGUAUUCCGUAUUUCCGGGACAGAAGAAGGAUCAAUAGCGACAGCACCUGCACCUAUGUUUAUCCGGAGAAAUUCGCUCUGCCGGUACUGAUGGCUGCCACUGGCAACUUCGCUGCAGAGAACAAGCUCGGAGAGGGAGGUUUCGGACAGGUUUUCAAGGGCAGACUUCAGGAUGGGCAGGAAAUAGCGGUAAAAAGGCUCUCGAGAGGUUCCAAGCAGGGUUUCCACGAGCUGAAGAACGAGCUGAUCCUGGCCACCAAGCUGAAGCACAGGAACCUCGUGCAACUUCUCGGGGUUUGCCUGGAGGACUCAGAGAAGCUGAUCGUGUACGAGUACCUGCCGAACCGGAGCCUGGACACCAACCUUUUCGAUGCAGGGAGGCCGCGGCGGGAAUCGCUGGACUGGGGCAGGAGAUACGCGAUCGUCCGCGGGAUCGCGCGCGGCCUGCUGUACCUCCACGAGGAGUCCCGGCUGCGGAUCAUCCACCGGGACCUCAAGCCCAGCAACGUCCUGCUCGACUCGGAUCUGAGCCCCAAGAUCUCCGAUUUCGGGCUGGCCAGGGCGUUCUGGGGAGACGAGACCAGAGAGGUGACGAAGCGACCAGCCGGAACCCUUGGGUACCUGUCGCCCGAGUACGCGUACUACGGGCACGUCUCGACCAAAUCGGACAUGUUCAGCUUCGGGGUUAUCGUCCUCGAGAUCCUCACCGGUCGAAGGAACACCAGCCCAUCAUCAGCUGAAGAAGAUGGCAGCGGCAACAAUCUGCUGAGCUACGUGUGGGAGAAGUGGAGGCGCGGGUCGGUGGCGGACAUCGUGGACGCGUCGCUGGGCGGCCAGUACGCCCGGGCGGAGGCGCUCGCCUGCGCGCAGGUCGGGCUCCUGUGCGUGCAGAAGGACCCCGGCGCCAGGCCCGACGCGUCGGCCGUCGUCCUCAUGCUGGACGGCCACUCGGCCAUCCAGCAGAGGCCCUCCCGCCCGGCGUUCUGCUCCGGGACCAGGUCCAUGAGCGCCGCCUCGUCGCGUGGAAAUGGAGUGCGGUACGGGCGUCGUUCCGCGACCGAUCCUGUGUCGGAGAACGGCCUCACGGUUUCGGAGCUCAAGCCAAGGUAGGCGGCACAGCAUCCAGGCUAGAAGAGUGCAGUGCUAUCUGCACUGGAAGUUGCAGUGCUCACGGGUCACGACGAGCGUGCAUGUAUUGUGAAAGUUGCAGUGCUGGUAGCGCACGAUGAUCCUUGGUGCCCGCAGACCAUAAAGAUUGUGUUAGCUUAAGUGCUUAACGCCCUAUUUUGUUAAAAAAUAAUAAAUCAUGCUGCAUGCGUACGAGCAGCUAUAUCAAGGAUUCAGUCAGAGCGGGGGAAUCUUUGAUGACCGAAAUCGCGUUGCGUUUCUUACU